AUGUCUAGUAGUGGAAUCCAGGAAUCGUGUUUCGUCGUAUUUGUGACUGAACAGCUGGAUGUACAUGCAUCAUCAUCAUCAUCAUCAUCAUCAUCAUCAUCAUCAUCAUCAUCAUCAUCAUCAUCAUCAUCAUCAUCAUCAUCAUCAUCAUCAUCAUCAUCAUCAUCAUCAUCAUCAUCAUCAUCAUCAUCAUCAUCAUCAUCAUCAUCAUCAUCAUCAUCAUCAUCAUCAUCAACGCGUGCAGGCUAG